GCGCUUCAUUCGACAACUGUGUUACAGAGGUUCACUAACCGUAAGUGGUUCGUACAAUUUACCGCGUGACACUUUAUUUUGCCCGUAUGUGUUGAAAAAACGCAUAACAAUUUCUCUGGUGGCAAAGUUAAACUACUUCAGUAAAGGCCUAUCAAAUGCUAACCUUCAAUGACCAUUCAGACUCUGAGAAGAUCAAAUCAAACCAUGCCUGUCUUUAUGAAUGUGGUGAGGGUACAUAAAGUAUUGUACUUAUUCCUAGGUCAUUUUUACUGUAAACCUAUACUUUUGGGUAGGUUUAGGUUCCUGUAGGAUUACCGAUAAAAGUAGGUCAAAGGACAGUAUCAGGACUUCAGUGUACAAUCACCUGGAUGAAUACAUCUGUCGCCCAUGCCAUGAUUUCUCUAUAGGUUAUCCUUCGAGUAACUAGUAGGCACUCUUAAAACAUAGACAAUUAUCCGGUGGGAUAUGUAUGAAAUGUCUUUUAGUCCCUUUUUAACGAUUAUGUUACUUUUUGCAUCCGAAUUCUGACUAGGUCAAAGUGAUUUCAGUUACGGUAGUUUAAAUCCUCUCUAAAUGAUUAUUUAACUAGCAGCUGCUGAGUGAUGCAAUAAUAAUAGAUAAUGGAUAGUUGAAGCAUAACGGCCACCCGUGUACAUCACUUUAGCAACCUUUCACACUUGGUACCUGUUCCAGACCUGGGUGCAAGGUUUCAGGAAUGUCGGUUGAUUACUGUACAAUUAAUACAUUACCUAAGAUUAUGUAAACAGACAGACGUGAAAGAUAACUGGUCUUUUGGAGGAUGACGAUUUCGGGAUAAAGAACAAUCAGAAGUAUAGACGAAUAUUAGAAUACUUUGGCAUACACCAAUCUUUCUAACUAUUUGGUGGCUUUAAUUGCUUCUUAAUUUGGUUUAAUUGGUUAAUGUCAGUGAAAGAGUAGAUCAGCGCUGCUGCUAUGAUUUAACUUCGAUGUUCUCAGCUGUCAAAUGUAUUCAUUAUCAUUCUUAUUCUCUUGCUUUACUAGAGAUAUACUGAGGUAGGUAUGUUUGUUUAAUUGUCACUUCUUGAAUGGCAACUGAAGAAAGCUGCUUAAAUUAAAUUAAAAUGUGGCCGUCCUAGGUGAACACGGUAACGAAAUGCAAUCUGUGCACUACACAAAGAUUAUGUGCGUUUGGUGUGUUUCACACUUACAGAAUACGGGACUGGUCUGCAGUGACCGCUAGUUUGAAGCUAUGCUGUGAAAGAUUCGAGUGUGAUGACCACUGCACUUAUCUAGGAAGUUGCCUCAGACCUGAAGGAAUGGGUGCCGAAGAAAUAUGGAUAGCAAAUUCUCACUUAAUAUUUAACAACUGGCAUCACCAUCGACUCGCUGUGUAUAUGACUUAGCACUUCACUGUUCUACUUCACAAUUACAAGGUAUGUCCGAUGAAGAUCAAAGAAAUGAAAGUAAUACAAGUUUUCGACUGUAAAUGUGUGUUUACUUUAGUUGUAACGAAAUCAGUGGGGAAAUAAGUUGACAUAGGUGACUGAAAUAUGUGCUAUACGUACGGGUAGCUUUUCUAUCCGACGAUUGAAGUACAUUUGGUAUGAAAGAGUUGAGUGCUGUAAGGCAUAAUACCAAUUCAUGAAGUUGGUGACUGUCACGCAACAGGUGUACGUUGUUUAGCUGAAGUUUUCAAGGUACAGAAAAUGAAUUUUCCAUGACUUGGUAAAGUAACUCAUAAUAGUUCAAAUUAGUGUCACUAUAUUCACUCUUCCUCAUAUUUACUCACCGAAUUAUUCCUUUUCCUGCACAUCUCUGUCCUAUCUAGUAUUACCAAUACGCAGUUAUGGAAACUUCUAUGUUAAUUCGUUAGACUUGAAAAUAGCUGACAACUAGUCUGCGAUAUUUUCAUUACCGUUCUUUUGUUUGAAUUUUAGUUGUUUCCAAUUAAUAAGUUACUUAUUAAAGAAAAAUACGUACCUAUUUAAAAACACUUGUCUACACAAAAACCCAGGUGUGAUUUCCGUUUUCAUGCCUAAAUGGGCUAAUAACCAAUAACGCUGUUGGAAGCAGUUUGAAAAGAAGCAGGUUCUUACUUUUUAAAACACAUUUUCUUUGACGGCACAGCUGACUGUUUGUCAGAUUUUAUAUAGCACUAGUUUAAAUAUUCCCUGACUUUUGUCUAAACGCUGCAGUUACAGUUGUGCUUAUCUUUUUCCUUCAGAUAUGUCAUGAACUACCUUCUCAGUAAUGCCGCCAAUGGAUGUUGACCUUCAUCCUAACAAUCGAAAUGGUUCCUCUGCUUGUCAUGGACAACGCUUGAGUACAGAUGCUCCUGAUAGUACAAAUGUUUCUACAGGGGAUUCUAGUAGCUCUCGAUCAUCGAAUAUAGAUUCAACCAUAUCUGUAUCAGAUACUAUCCGUAAUGAUACUUGUGACGGUAGUAACAGAAUGCUUAGUUCCAUGCAUGAACGUAUCAAUGUCUUUGAACAUAAUUUCUCUGUGCCGCGUUGCUGUUCCUUUGGAGACGGGUUGAUAACUAGCGUUCAUAACACACAUGUAACCUCAUCUGUUUCUAAUGGGAAAUCUGGCUCAGUUCAACAAUCUAAUGAUCGCUUGGCGUAUACUGCAGAACGUCAUCCUAUCAGUUCGUUUGAAGCGAUGAACCAUUUUCGUAAAAAUAAAGAAUUAUGCGAUGUAAUACUGUUAGUCGAUGGAAGGGAAAUUUACACACAUCGUGUUGUACUAGCAGCUUGUUCGGCUUAUUUUAGAGCUAUGUUUACCGGGGAAUUAGCUGAAUCUAGACAGACUAAGGUUACUCUUUACGACCUAGAUGGCGAUGCUGUUGAAACUCUGAUUGACUUUUGCUAUACUAGUCAAAUUACAGUAGAAGAAUGUAAUGUUCAAAAUUUACUCCCAGCUGCCUGUCUGCUACAACUGACAGAGAUUCAGGAUGUGUGUUGUGAAUUUUUAAAACGCCAGUUAGAUCCUUCUAAUUGCCUAGGCAUCCGAGCAUUUGCUGAUACACAUGCAUGUAGUGGAUUACUACGUGUAGCUGAUCGAUUCGCACAUUUACACUUUCUUGAAGUUGUAAAAUCUGAAGAAUUUCUACUUCUUCCAGUUAGUCAUCUUGUUGAUAUUAUAAGUUCAGAUGAUUUAAAUGUUUAUUCAGAAGAACAAGUUUAUUAUGCUGUAAUGUGUUGGGUGCAUCAUAAUCUAUCUGAACGUCGACCAUAUUUAUCUUAUGUAUUAGAACAUGUACGAUUGCCUCUGCUUAGUCCUAAAUUUUUAGUUGGUACUGUUAGUUCAGAUUUAUUAGUACGUUCUGAUGAACGAUGUCGUGAUUUAGUGGAUGAAGCAAAAGAUUAUUUACUGUUACCUCAUGAACGUCCAUAUAUGCAAGGUCCACGUACUAAACCAAGAAAAGUAUUACAAAUUGGUGAAUUAUUAUUUGCUAUUGGUGGUUGGUGUUCAGGUGAUGCAAUAGCUUCUGCUGAACGUUAUGAUUCACGUACGCAUAAAUGGCAUCUUGUAGCACCAAUGCAUAAAAGACGUUGUGGUGUCGGUGUUGGAGUUGUGUAUGAUUUACUCUAUGCUGUUGGUGGACAUGAUGGACAUAGUUAUUUGAAUUCAGUUGAAAGAUAUGAUCCUUACACAAAUCAAUGGUCAUCCGACAUAGCUUCAACUAGUACAUGUCGUACUAGUGUUGGUGUAGCUGUAGUUAAUGGUUUAAUGUAUGCUGUCGGUGGACAAGAUGGUGUCUCUUGUUUGAAUUUUGUCGAGUGUUACGAUCCAAAUGUGAAUAAAUGGCUAAAGGUAUGUAACAUGACUUGUCGUCGUCUCGGUGUUGGUGUUGCAGUUCUUAAUGGUCAGUUGUAUGCCGUCGGUGGUUCAGAUGGUCAACAGCCUUUAUCGUCAGUGGAGCAUUUAGAUCCUCGUGUUGGAGUAUGGCAUCAGAUAUCUUCAAUGGGUACUAAGCGUAAACACUUGGGAGUUGCCGUAUAUAAUGGUCUAAUAUAUGCUGUAGGUGGGAGAGAUGAAGCAACAGAAUUAUCAUCUGUUGAAUGCUUAGAUUUGCGUACUCGUACAUGGACGCCAGUUGUAGCCAUGACAUCAAGACGUAGCGGAGUUGGAUUAGCUGUAGUGAACAAUCAGCUGAUUGCUAUUGGUGGAUUCGAUGGUGCUACCUAUUUGAAAUCUGUUGAACUAUACGAUCCAGAUGCAAAUAGUUGGUCUCUAUGCGGCAGUAUGAAUUAUAGACGAUUAGGCAGUGGAGUUGGUGUAGUACGACUAGCUGAUUCAUAUUGUAAUUUCAAUAGCACAUCAUUUACUAGUGCUAAUAACACUAACAACAAUAUUAAUAAUAAUAAUAAUAAUAAUUCCGUCAGUAAUUGUUGCCUUUCAGGAUCUGUUGUCAGCACCAGUGUAACAAGUAGCAACAACAGUAGUAUAAAUGACGCUUCGUUGAGUUUUUCACUAACUGACUCCAUAUUUCCACCAGGUUUACCUAUUUCUACAACCGGUCUAUGUUCUCAUAACACAAAUAUUAAUAAUAGUAAUAAUGAUAAUGCUACUAGCAGUAGUAAUGAUCUUUCUCAAAUAAUGAUGAGAAAUCUAACCUGUACAACAGGUAUCUCUACUGCAGCUAGUGUUACAACACCAACACCAUCGUCGUCGUCAUCAUCAGCAUCAACAACAACAGCAGCAACACCAACAGCAUCGAGUUCUGGACAAUUGAAUACAUCGAACACCAGAUCAAAUAGUACAUUUUUAUUUUAACACUUUGGUACUAUCAACAAACUGGUGUGAUACAACGUUUCACUUGUUAUUGCGUUGUUUUUUUUUUUGUAAAUGACCUGUGUAUCUAUCAAUCAAUCUUUCAUAUAUUGCGCAAUUUAAGAAAUUAUACUUCACAUUUAGGAUUCAUCUCGUGUUGUAAAUUAAUUAUAUUUAUUAAUUGCUCUUCAUUCAGUCAGUUUUUGUUUUUGUAAAAGAUUUAUUUACACACUAUGUCGACCCACCAACAGCUUAUCUGUUUCUCCUGGUUAUGUAACAUAUUUCAUAUGGUGGUCACUAAUGUUUCUUGGUCAUUUCGCCAUAAAUUUCUAUCAGCACACUGGUUACUCAUAUAUAUAGUAUAAAGAUGUUUUUGACAAAUUGUUUGUUCAUGACUGUUUGUCUUAUCUAAAUAGGAUAAGCUUUUUUAUAAUUGAAUAAAUUAAUUUUCACGGUGG